AUAGAAAUUGAAAGAUAAAGUCAAUCUUAAAACAUAAAAACUAAAAUUACUAUAUAAAAAAAAAAGAAAAUAGAUAAAUAACAAAAUAAAUAAUGGAAAUCAGCUGGCUAUACCCCUCCCUCGGUCUCUUCAUUAUCCUUCUAAUCUCCCUCAAAUUAUCAUUCUCACAAAAGGGCAAAAACCACAAACUCCCGCCAAGCCCGGCCCGGGCCCUCCCGAUCCUUGGCCACCUCCAUCUCCUGAAGACCCCCAUCCAUCGCACUUACCACCGCCUCGCCCAGAAAGCGGGACCCAUCUUCUCCCUCCGCCUCGGCCGCCGCCUAGCAGUGGUCGUCUCCUCUUCAGAUCUCGUCGAGGAGUGCUUCACCCGAAACGACGUCGUCUUUGCCAACCGCCCCCGGCUAAUAAUUGGCAAAUACAUCGGCUACAACUACACCACCCUCUUCGGCUCCCCCUACGGCGACCACUGGCGGAACCUCCGCCGCCUCACCACCAUCGAGGUCUUCUCCGGCGCGCGGCUCAAUACCUUCAGCUCCAUCCGGCACGACGAGGUCCGACUCCUGCUGCGGAAGCUCCACAACUGGGUCUCGUCAUCGUCCGGGGGAUUUGCGAGGGUCGAGCUCAGAUCUGUGCUUUUGGAGGUUGCCUUCAACAACAUCAUGCGGAUGGUGGCCGGGAAGAGGUACUUCGGUGUGGUUGACGGCGGGGAUGAGGAAGCCAGGGAGUUCCGGGAGCUGAUUGAGGAGGUUCUCGGCUAUGGCGGCGUUUCCCACCCGGGAGACUUCAUCCCCGUGCUGAGGUGGAUCGAUUACAAGGGGUUCGAGAAGAAAUUGGCAACGGUAACUGGGAAAAUGGACGCCGUUUUGCAGCGGCUGAUUGACGAGCAACGGCGGAGCAAGGGCGGCAACACCAUGAUCGACCACCUGCUUUCCCUGCAGGAGAAUGAACCCGAGUGCUACAAUGACGUCACCAUUAAAGGAAUUUUUCUGUUUUUCAAUGAGGCCCUUGUGUCAAAGCAAGUUUGGAGAGUUAUGUCAGAACCUUAUCUCUUAGCCAGUAGAGUGCUAAAGUCUAAGUAUUUUCCCAACUCAUCCAUGCUUGAAGCUCAAAGGAAGCACAAUUCAUCCUGGUUGUGGAACUAUUGGCUUUCCGUUCUGAAAUCCUGUAGAAUCAUUCAAGAGUUGGUGGUGGCAGGUGGGUCAGGUGGUUGUAGCGAGAGGAAGUCUCUGAGGCUAGGAUCCAAUUGUCCACCUACAUACUGUGGCGGCUUUGAAAAUCUCAAAAAAUGUGGCAGUUUGAAAAUGUUUGGAGAUAUGCUCCUCAAAUUGUUAAGGCAGCCACUCAGGAGUGAAGGGAGUACUUGGACAGUUCAGGUUAUGCUGUUAGCCGGGACCGACACGUUAGCAGUGACACUAGAAUGGGCCAUGUCUGCCCUACUCAACAACCCUGAGAAACUCCACAAGGCCAGAAUCGAGAUCGACAAUCUGGUCGGGAAAGACCGCCUGAUCGACGAGUCCGAUUUAUCCAACCUCCCUUACCUUCAACACGUUAUCUCUGAGACAUUCCGAUUGUUCCCAGCAAAUCCAUUGCUUGUACCUCACGAGGCAUCGAGUGAUUGUACCAUCGGUGGGUACUAUAUACCACGUGGCACGAUCCUGAUUGUCAAUGCAUGGGCCAUUCAUAGGGACCCCGAAAUUUGGGACGACCCCACCAAUUUCAUUCCGGAGCGUUUUGAAGCUGGAGAGGUUGAACCGACAGAGCUGAUACCGUUUGGGAUGGGAAGGAGAUCCUGCCCGGGUAUAGGCCUGGCCCAACGUAUGGUGGGCUUGACCUUAGGGUCUCUGAUUCAAGGAUUUGAGUGGAAAAGGGUCGAUGAGGCCAUGGUCGAUUUGGCGGAACGGACUGGGACAUCGAUGCCCAAAGUGAUACCAUUGGAGGCCAUGUGCCUAUCACGCUAUGUGCUCCAGAAUGUGUUUGGUGAGGCAGUCUGAAACAUUUGAUUUCAUUCUACUGUGGAGAAAAGCUUGUAUGCCUGUAAUUUAAGUUUGUUUUAGUGGUGAUAUUACUUAACAACCAUUUCAAUGUUUUUUCAUGUGGCAUACCAAAUAAAAUUUCUAAUGAUAUUUUAUUUUAUUAAUCACUACGUCAGGCACGUAUAAUAGUAUCUUUAAUCAUGUCCUUGAUACUCUAUUCGACCAUGUAAUUAUCCCAUCAAGGAAAGGAUAAAUAUAAGUUAAGUACCAAAGUGAACUGGCAUUAGUUAGGUUGAGUAA